AAAGUUCUAAAACUAAGGACUUGCUCUCUCGUUCUCCUGACGCUUUAGUGAGGUUCGUAAGUUUCGCCGGCUACGUUGUGCUGGUGACGACUCGAACCGGUAGAUAGUCGGAUAGAAUGUGGGUUACAGUCGCAUGACAUGUCGGAAAGAACAGGUUUGUUUGUUGUCUGGUGGAUUUAGGGAUGACUGGCUGGAGCUGUGUUGGAGAAUAUAACUUGCCAGGAUGUCGCGAAGAACUUGACUAGCGAGAGUUCAGAAAAGCCGAUAGAAAUAAGACUACUAAUUACCCCGUUGCUUAGGAUUCAGAAGGGUGCUGGGCUGACCUGAUCUGAGCUUAGCUGAGCUGACGCGGUGUCUUUAGACGGCCGCUUUUGAGUCGUCUGACAGGCUUAACCCGCCGCGUUGGGAAGGUUGCCGAGCUUCGCGCCGACCGUCUCACUCACCCAUGUGAUCGUCUCUUCCUGCCACGUCGAUCGUCUGACCCUUAGCUCCUCGUCAGCUUUACCUCGAUCGUUUGACGCAUGCGACCGUCUCUUUGAUUCUCCUCAGCGUCGCACGCACACCCCUCCGAUGACGACGACGUACAGUCGAUCGUCGCACCCCUCUGACGCCGCCGGACUCAGCGACAUGAGUCCAAAGUCGUUUGGAAUCAGCGACGUGAGGCAGCAAGACGCCUUCUUUCGCUCGCCGACCGUUCUCGGAGAUUCGCCGAGCAAGUUCUGUCGACGGCGACCGUGGCUGGCUAAUGCGCAGACCAUGGCCGCGCAACGGUCCUUGAAAUCCGUUUUGCUCCCAAUCAUCGUGAUCGGAAUGUUCGCCUGUUGUUCGAUCUACGCGGGGAUUAUCAGCCGGUAUCCCGGAGUGAAUCUACGCCGUUUGUUGAUAUCUGACGUGUCAUCCACGGCGAAUGACGAUCUGAAUCCGUCAAACGUUAACCGGAGUUCCCAAGGGUCAACAUUCCAAAUUUCCGAGUCCUGCAUUGGCGUCCUGAAAGCAGCAGCCAGACUUCCCGGCGUCAGGGUGAAAUUUACUCCGAUUCAGCUGACAGAAUGCAGCGUCAGUCUCUGCCAGGACAUGCGGCAUCUGGCUCACCAGGCGUUGGAAAGAGCGGCAAAUGCAACGAAUCUGGACGCUUCAGGGUUUCAAGCAGCAGCGACUCAGCAGAAGCGACCGUUGCGAAUCGGUGACGUGGAGCUGCAGCAGCAGCAGGGGGACGUGGGGUUCGUGUGCAGCCGGGCGUGGAAGCAGGGGCUGCUGGACCGCGUGCCGGGCAGCCGGUACCUGACCCGCGCGUUCAGGAAGGAGCGCAUCUCGCUGGAGAGUGUCGCAGCUGGCGCCGACUCCGUCUGCAAGAACGUGGCAGAGAUCGAGCGGUUGCUGGCGAACGGCUACACUGAUGCCAGCGGCACCAGCAAUAGCAGCAGCAGCAGCAGCCUGAGUGGUCCUGACAGCCCGUGCAACCACUGGCCUGAGUCGUGCUGGCCCGUGCCUGGCAUGCCCUUCUCCAAGCUCUCAGAUUUUGGUCGGCGCAAGUACCUGGUGUUUGCAGCGGUGGAGGAGCAGCUCACCAACGCCAAGAUCCACGUCAUCGAGGCGGCGAGGGUCGCCAGAGAGACGGGUCGAAUACUUGUCCUGCCCAAGGGCGGGCACAGCCACCUGGCGGUGGGGCGGCCCAUGCCCAUGUGCGCCUACUGCGACCUCGCCCACCUCAACAGCACGGAGUGGGUCUCGCCUGAGUUCUUCCUCCUCGUCGCGCGAGCUGCCUUCGCCAACCCUUCUGUCGGCUACCUCUGCGUCGACACGCCUGAGCUGGGCAGACCGUGUUUCGGCACAGAGGAGAUUGCAGGGAGCCUGGGGGCGGUGUUCACGCUGGCCAUGGGGCAUGUGCCCACCAAGGACAACACCAUCUGGCUGCACAUGCCCGCCCGCUUCGACCAGAUACAGUCGCUGCUCGAUGCGUGGAAGCACAGGGACGUGGUGAUUUACGCCAAGAACACGUGGGAGCGCUAUGAGAGGGAAACAGACGAUGUCUCGCACAUCAUCCUCCCCUACGCCCGCGAGUGGCACCUCGCUGCCAAGAGCAUGGCAGCCAAGCUGCCCAAGCCAUACAUCGGAGUUCACUUUCGAUCCGAGUUCAUUGCCUUCAGACUGGCAGGUGAGAACCGAACCGACAUCCCAGUCGAGGAGAGGCUGAAGAUUCUCAAGGAGCGGACCGAGUGGUGCACCAGGGAAGCAGUGCAAAAGAUCAACAAAGUAAAGAAGCGGCUCAACGCAACCACCGUGUUUCUCGCAGCGGAUAUUCCGUAUAACCAGUCUGGCGUUAAGCCUCGGUCGGAGUCAUGGAAUACUCUCAAGUGGGCGUUUGGGGAUAACAAUGUCUCGGACGUGCCUCAUUAUUGGCUGUCCUGGUUGCGGUCUAAGGUCCGCGGGACUGUGAUGAUUGACGAGCUUAUGCCAUCGGCUAAUAGCCUCGACCCAGGUGUUGUAGCCAUUCUUGACAAGCUAAUUUGCGCGCGGUCAAAUGUCUUCCUCGCCGGCUCCAUUUCUUGUGGAGGUGGUCGGGGCUUUGAGAAAGAUAUAUUACUUCAUCGCGACAACCUAUCAAAUAGAAAGCUAGAUUUUGUUAGAUGGGCGGCUGGGGAGAAACCAUUUUAGAGUACUACAUGGUGUGUCCAACCAUAACCCUUGGCAACAACCAUAUGGAGGUAAUCUCAAUGUUUGUAUAUGGCAUAUUCCCGAUUC